AUGGUUCGUCGUAAUAAAGAUUCUGCUUCGAACGAUGAUAAUGAACGUCCAAUGCGACGUAAACCAUUUAGAAAAUCUACAAAUGAAGAAGAAUCACCAGCACAAGUUCCAACUGGAGAUUUACAAAUUCGUAAUAAAAUGGUUCGUCAAUUACUUUAUGCUAAAUUGAAACGUUCAAAGUCAAAAGCUAAAUUGAAAGAACGUAAAGAAAGACAACAAUCUGAUGAGCCAAAACAAGAACCGCAAACCAUUGAAAAGAAACGUAAACGUGAUGAAACUUGGGUGGAUGAAAAUGAUCAAGAAACUCUUGAUGACAUAUCAAAUGAUGAAUUAAAUAAUUAUUUCACUCGACAACCAGAUGCUCCAGAACCAAAAUUAUUAUUAACCAGUCAAGAAGGUUUUCCAUCAUCAUUUACGAAUAAAUUUCUUAAGGAGGUAGCAAGAAUUCUACCAAAUACAACAUAUUUUCAACGACGACAUCAUCCAAUUAAACGAAUCAUUAAAAAAAUGAAUAAAUUAGGUUACACCGAUUUAGUUGUUGUGAAUGAAGAUCAUGGAAAACCAUCGACUCUUUUUAUAUCACAUUUACCUGAAGGACCAACAAUGAAAUUUCGGUUAACAAGUGCUCGUCUAUCAAAACAAUUACGUUCAAAUCGUGGUAAACCUUGCGCUAAACUAACUAUUCGACCAGAAAUUAUUCUGAAUAAUUUCAAUACACGUAUUGGUAUACGUGUUGGUCGUCUAUUAGCAGCAUUAUUUCCACAUGAUCCACAGUACAAAGCUCGUCAUUUGAUUACAUUUCAUAAUCAACGAGAUUUUAUAUUUUUUCGUCAUCAUAUGUACUUGUUUAAAAAUGAAAAAAAGGUUGCUCUACAAGAAUUAGGUCCACGAUUCACACUUAAACUGAGAUCAAUACAACGCGGUACAUUCGAUGCUUUAUAUGGUGAAUAUGAAUGGACACAAAAACCGAAACAUAAAAUGGAUCCAGAAAGAACAAAAUUUGUUCUAUAA